UCUCUGUUGCUUGAUUUCAGCUGAUAUACUCGGUCUUAAAAGACUAGCAAGUAGCAACUGGAUUGCUUUUUCUAAUGAUGGUAACAGAGUAGCAAUUUAUGAAAAGUUUAUGGACCGAUGCCCCUUUUACCGGCAGUGUUCUCAUCUCUAUUUGACCACCAUCUCUGUUAUUAGUAUCAUCUCAGGGAGCCCUGGUUUAGAGUGUGCACAACCACAAUAUCAAUAAAAAAAUAUUUGUUAUCCUUCAAAGUCAACAGAUAAUUACUUAGUAGGACAAAACCAAUAUCGUAGCUAGAUGCUCAUCCAAACAAAUCUAUGAUGAAAUAAGCAUUGAACCUAAUCGCCAUGGAGGCAUUAUCUUAAUCAUGAGGAUUACAAAGAAAAUGUAUAUACCAUUAGCGAACCUGGCGCGUCCACGAAAGCUACCUGCAUCCAACCUGCCUUAGUUGCAGCUUGCCUCUGCUCUCUGCUCUAGCUGCUAUCCGUUUCUGUCUCGGACAGGACGAGCUUAAAGCUGCGUCGCCCAUGUCGCCGUUGCUCAGUGACAAGUGUCGUCGCGCACGCGCAGCGAUGUCGUCGUCGCCGGCGCCGGUGGAGUCCCCGUGGCUGACGAUGCGCGCCAUGCGGCGCGUUGGCGGCGCGGACGGCGGCGGCGGGCAGCGGAGCGCGCUGAUGGUGGCGUCGUACCCGGUGCUGCUGCUGCUCGUCGUCCUCGCCGCGUUCGUCAAGUACGUGUGGAUCGCGCUGGCGCUCUACAGCGCGCUCCUGCUGCUGUUCUCGUGCGCGUCGCGCCGCCUGGCGCUGGCGGAGCGGCUGCCGUCGCCGCUGGGAGGAGGCGGAGGAGGAGGAGGAGUCGCCGCGGUCACCGCGGCGGAGGAGCUCCAGGGCGCGGCGGCGCGGGGCGGGGUGUCCGGGGAGACGCUGGCGUCCAUCCCGGCGUUCGCGUACGACGCGUCCGCGCACGGCGGCGGCGGCGAGGCGGCGGCGCAGUGCGCGGUGUGCCUGGAGGCGCUGCGCGGCGGCGAGACGGCGCGCCGGCUGCCGUCGUGCGCGCACACGUUCCACGUCGCGUGCAUCGACAUGUGGCUGGGCUCGCACGCCACCUGUCCCGUCUGCCGGCGCCGCGUCGAGCGCAAGCACAAGGGCGGCGUGCUGCCGCCGAUGCCGCCGGAGCCGGAGACGGAGCCGCCGGUGUAGCUCGUCGUACUUCCUGUGUCUUCCUCCUAGUGAUGCAGAAGAUUGCAGAAUGGCAGACAAAAUUUGUCAAAUUUGUACUACAUGUUUAGAUUAGAGGUACAAUAGGCCAGUUUUUCUUGCCACUCUGCUUAUUCUGCUGUUUGUAGAUGCUAACGCGACUCAUCUUUGUGAAAUCUGAAGCCUGUCGCAUACACAAAUUGUCACCCUGUUAAUUAUGAUCGGACAAUUUUCUUAA